AUGCAGCUCACCUCCAUCGCUCUCUUCCUUUCUGCCGCCGUCUCAGUAUCAGCACUUCCAGCCACUCUCCAAGCACGCCAAGCAGCAGCAGGAGCCCACAGUCCCACCGGUCCCAUAAGCGCCAAGGUUGCUUGCGACCGCUCCAACAAAAGCAUCAGCCACCAAAUCGCCGAGAUGUCCAAGCUCAAGGCGAGCAACAUCAGCGUUCCCGCAUACCUAGCCGGCUAUUUCGCAGCCAUCGACGACGAACGACAAGAGCUCGGGUGCCCAGGCACCAUCUCGCUUGGCAAACGUGAAUUCACGCCCAACAAAGAGCCGUGCGAUGUGAACAAUGGACUAAACGAGCGGAUGACGGCGGUGGUCAACAGGUCUGAGGCAGACCAGAUUGCCGUGGCGCCGUUUGUCGCUGGAUUCUUGUCCGCGGUGCUAGAUGUGCAUAAGGGGUUGGGGUGUCCUCCAUUCAGUGGACCGGCAUCAGAGGCGGCUGCGGCUAGGAUUGCUGGUGCUUCUAACUCCACGGUUUCAGAUUCGAAAUUGUCUUAG